AUGGCUACCUCGAUGUUGAGUGUAGGGUGGUGUCGACCCAUCACGCUGUUGUUGUUACUAUGGACAACGUUCCUGCAUUUGACAUCCGCUCAGCUAUGCACCUUUUGGGAUGGGGGCUGUGUUGAUCCCCUGGCCCAGACAGCCAUCUCGCUCGACUUGCCGCCGCUCUUCCUCGAGGAUGUCAACCUGUAUUACGCCUACGAUGCUAACUCUCAGGGCAAGGGUCAUGGACCAAUGACCAAGGUUAGUUAUUGGCUACGGUACGGUCGGGAGAUCAACAGUUCGGCCAUCACCACGAACCGCACAUCCGAACUGAGUCUUCGCGUCGGGAAUUUGACGGGCACACCUUCUGGAAACAACAACGGAUGUGAUGGUAUUUGGGGUCCUCGUUGUUCGAGGGAUCUCAAGAAUUUGUUGAGUGGUGCUAUUUACGAGUUGGCGACCGAGGGGGAGUACAAUUCGAAUCCUUUGCAGACGGUCCUCAACCAGAUGCAUUCGACUCCGCCUUAUUUGGAAAACUGUCCGCCUCAGUUCUUUGAUGUUCAGUCGGCACCGGUCAUUCGAUUUGCCCAAGAAUCGAAGCCAGAACGAACCGCUACCAUUCAAACAGCUGGAUCGAAUCUAAGUCCUUGGAAAACCUGGUAUAUCGACCGCAUGAGCGCCCUUCAGCAGGCCGAACAGGUCGCCGUCGCCAUCUUCAGUCGCAGCCCAUCUGAUGACAGCCCACCACCGAAGAGUAAAGACGAUGUACAAAUUGAAUUAGCUUGUCUUCAAGCCCCAUCCGGAAACACCUUCAACGAAGAUCCAGACUCUUGA